AUGGAAUCAAACGAACGACUAACAAAAAACUGAUUCAACAAGAAACCGUCAUAAGCAGAUGGCACUGUCUUUCGUUCUUCUCUUUCAUUUUGUUCGAGUUUGUGAUAGACGCCAAGAUGGGUCGUCGUCCAGCUAGAUGUUAUCGCUACUGCAAAAACAAACCAUACCCGAAAUCGCGGUUCUGUCGUGGUGUACCCGAUCCAAAGAUCCGUAUCUUCGAUUUGGGCAAAAAGAAGGCCAGCGUAGAGGAUUUCCCUCUAUGCGUGCAUUUGGUGUCCGAUGAAUACGAACAGCUCAGUUCGGAAGCCCUGGAGGCUGGACGUAUUUGCUGUAACAAAUAUUUGGUCAAACAUUGCGGCAAAGAUCAAUUCCACAUCCGCAUGAGAGUGCAUCCAUUCCACGUCAUUCGCAUCAAUAAGAUGUUGUCGUGCGCUGGAGCUGAUAGGCUUCAGACUGGAAUGAGAGGUGCUUUUGGUAAACCACAAGGUACAGUUGCUCGUGUACACAUUGGUCAACCAAUUAUGUCUGUACGUUCGGCUGAUCGUUUCAAGGCACAAACUAUUGAAGCUCUUCGUCGUGCCAAGUUCAAGUUCCCCGGACGUCAAAAGAUCUUCGUGUCAAAGAAAUGGGGCUUCACAAAGUUCGAUCGUGCUCGUUACGAGGAAUUGCGUGAUGAGGGACGUUUGGCUCCAGACGGUUGCAACGUCAAAUACCGACCAGAACAUGGACCCAUUGCCGUUUGGGAGAAGACACAAACCACUUUGUAUGGUAACUAAGAACUUGCAUUGUUGGCUUUCAUGAGGAAAAAUAAACAUCCAAUUUGUACACAUGAACUAUGUUGACGACAGUGUA